GUAGUAGCCUCGGCGGUGAGUCCACGCUGUCAGUGUGUCUGUGCGGGGCGGACGCUGAGCACACUGAGAGUGAAAUAGCUCGCUGACACCGCCGUUCGCUUCAGCUUGGGGUGCAGUUUUAAGAGAUAUUGUGGUGAUAGUGAUAAAUGGGCUCUUGAUAGUGCUUUCUUGACGUGUCUGGGUGAACGACGGGGUUGAUGUGAAAGACGUUUUCUGCAGGAGGCAUUACCAGAGAGGAUAGCGAGCAGAUGACGAGCAGAUCUCACUAACGACGCAGAGGAAAUAUCGAAGAAGACAGCUUCCCCAGAUAAAGUCGAUAGGCCAAUAGAACCACUGGAAACACCUACGUCUUUGUUAUCUGUAUUGUUGCUAUUAUUUACCCCCUUUUUUCGCGUGGCAUGCAAAGGGGACACCAAACGGCACAGAAACACCAAGCGAGCCGUCCCAGUCUGUGAUAUCUCGAGUGCCUUUGAGAUAAUAAGGAUUCUCUAAAUCUGUCUAUCUGUCUCGCCCUCUCGUCCCUCCUCCCGUGUCCUCCCCCCCUUACCCCCCAGGUUGUAGUAUCUCGCAUACCUGUCUUUGAAGAUAAACGUGAUAACGAUUUUAGAUAAGUGACCCCCCGAUCUCAAAGCAGCUUCAUUUUACGUAAGUGUUUAAUGGACAUUUAAGGAGUGAGGAGCGAUAGUCUUUGAAGCCGGCCAAGUAGCGGCGUCUAAGUCCCUUUUGCGUGUGAAUGCGUGCGUGUCAUCAAGUCCGACCUUAAGGACACCAUUUUCGCGGCCUCGCCACAACAAGCAAGUGACCUUUCCCGGCAGCCAGGUUCCAGGGCGGGCGUAGGUCACGACGGACGGCCAACACCUGCUGACCCGGUCUGACUACUGACCAGCUGGUGCUUGCUGCUGCUCCCGCAGGCUCUCGAAAGUGAAGUGAGGCGAGCCGACAGUGCUGACCUUGGCAGAGGAAGGGAGGCGGCCGAGUUUCACCCCGAGACGCCCACGACGGUGCUUGCCAGGCCGGGCGAGCAUCUUGGCGUCCUGGUGGGGCGUGCCCGUCGAGAGAGGGAUUGGAGUGGGGGCGUCUGAACGCUCGGACGAUCCUCUGGCGAUCCUUCACGAUCCUCUCGCCAAAGUGUGGAUUUUAAGAAGAACGAUUUUAUUCUCGUGUUAACCCAGACGAACUCGACUUUGUCUAUCCUUCCUCCGUCACUCCAUCCGAAUAGCCGUGAAACGCCGGCCUGACACCGACUUGACAUCUUCCUGACACCGGCCUGACAUCCCCCUGACACCAAGAUGUCCGUGAGCUGGAAGAUCCCCCCCGGCGAGUCCGAGGAGGAGGAGGAUGACGACGAUACAGACGAAGGAUUCCGCCAGUACGAGCAAACUUUGAUGUACGGCCGCUACACCAAGGACCUCGGGAGGUACGCGCGCGAGGAGGCCAAGAAGCUCAAGAAGGACGACCGCAAGAACCUCGGCAGCGGCGCCUCAGGUCUGCGUCCGUACCGUGGGAAAGUGACCACCAAGUGCCUAGGUCUCCUGGGCACCGUAUGGCAAGCGACCUUCGCCAGGGUAGGAGAAGACUGGGUAUUCCUGGCGGUGCUGGGCGUCGGCAUGGCUAUCAUUUCCUUUAUUAUGGACUAUGGCAUUGCGAUGUGUAACAAAGCCCGAAUCUGGCUGUACCGAGACCUGGCGAGUCACACUGCCCUCCAGUAUCUCGCGUGGGUGUCGCUGCCCGUCUGCCUCAUCCUGUUUUCGGCUGGAUUCGUGCACAUCUUAGCUCCGCAGGCCGUGGGUUCUGGCAUUCCUGAGAUUAUCGCCCUACUCAAAGGUUCUGGAAUACCCGAGAUGAAGACGAUCCUCAGGGGGGUCGUCCUCAAGGAGUACCUGACCUUCAAGACGCUCAUCGCGAAGGUCAUCGGUCUGACGGCGACCUUGGGCUCCGGGCUUCCGCUGGGCAAAGAAGGACCCUUCGUGCACAUCGCCAGCAUCGUGGCCACUUUGCUCUCCAAAGCCGUGACGUCAUUCAAAGGCAUCUACGAGAACGAAUCUCGGAACUCGGAGAUGCUCGCGGCUGCCUGUGCGGUCGGUGUGGCUUGCUCGUUCGCGGCGCCGAUAGGAGGGGUGUUAUUCAGCAUCGAGGUCACCAGCGUGUACUUCGCCGUCAGGAACUAUUGGCGUGGGUUCUUCGCCGCUGUGUGUGGAGCCAUGAUGUUCCGUCUCCUGGCUGUGUGGUUCAAUGAUGAGGCUACGUUGACGCCGCUGUUUCGGACGACCUUCAAAGUGGACAUACCAUUUGACCCUCAGGAGCUGUUCGUCUUUUCCCUGAUUGGGGUCAUGUGCGGAUUCCUCGGCGCCUUCUUCGUGUGGGUUCAUCGCCAGUACGUCACCUUCAUGAGGAGGAAUAAAAAGAUGAAGAUGUUCCUUCAGAAGAGCCGAUUCGCGUAUCCUGUCUCGAUGACUCUGUUGUUCCUCACUAUCCAGUAUCCGGGUCUGUUGGGUCAGUUCAUAGCCUCCCAUCUGUCGACCCAUCACCAGGUGGUGGAGCUAUUCAGCAAUGUUACAUGGACUAAGUCAGAGCACACUGUCCACGAAUUUGAAAUUGUGGAGAACUGGCGCACUCCUUGGACUGGCAUAUUCAUCAACCUUCUUAUAUACAUGCUGUUUACGUUCUGUGGCAGUGUGGUGGCCAGUACACUACCUGUUCCUUCUGGUAUCUUCAUCCCAGUAUUCAAGAUUGGGGCAGCUCUUGGAAGGAUUGUAGGAGAGGCCAUGGCCGUCAGUUUCCCCAAAGGCUUGCGAUAUGGAGGACACAAUCACAUUAUUAUACCUGGCGGCUACUCGAUCGUAGGUGCAGCUGCGUUAGCGGGGGCUGUCACCCACACCAUCUCCACUUCUGUUAUUGUCUUUGAACUCACUGGCCAGAUUACACAUAUUCUUCCUGUAAUGAUUGCUGUCUUGAUUGCAAAUGGAAUAGCACAACUCUUGCAGCCAUCAGUGUAUGACUCCAUCAUUCAAAUUAAGAAACUCCCGUAUCUCCCUGACAUUCUCACUGCCACCUCUGGGGCCUACAAUAUCUAUGUGGAAGAUUUCAUGGUGCGAGAUGUGAAGUACAUUUGGUAUGGAAUUACGUACAAACAGCUGAAAAACACACUCAAAGAACACAAGAAAAUCAGAUCAUUACCCCUUGUUGAUUCUCCAGAUUCAAUGAUUCUCUUGGGAUCCAUACAGAGAUCAGAAUUGAUCUCUCUAUUAGAAGAGCAUUUAGGAAAGGAUCGAAGGCUGAGAGUCAUCAACAAGUGGAAAUUUGCAGCUCAAAGAGCUCUAGAAGCAGAACAGCUCCAGAAGGAGGCGGAGGAAAAUCAAAAAGAAGAAGAGAGACGUAAAGUAAAGCAAAAACUCCUCGAAAUUGAAGAGACCAAUAAGAAGGCAAACGUUCCAUCGGCUGGAUUGGCAAUGGUGGCAGGUGUGGGAGGAGCACUUGCUGCAGUGGCGGGGAUUGGUCUAAACUUCAAAGGAGAAGCUGCCUCAGGCCCAGGAACUCCCCAGUCAGAUUCACCCCCAGGAACACCCCCCACAGCAACCACAACCCCAGUGACCUCUGGCCCCACAACCUCAACCCCCAAUGACACCCCAGAUGAUGCAGUGCUGAAGCAGAGACGACCCUCAAGGUUCGAGGUCACAAAAGUCGAGUCACUUUCCAAGAAUGAGUCAACAGUUACACUACAAAUUGACCCUGUAGAGAUCCCAGCAAAAUCUGAAACAGCACUGGAUAAGCCACAGAUAACCCAAAGGAACAGUUUGCCUAGGAAAUCAAUCCUAAAGAAGACAAACAGUUUUAUCCUUCAUCCAGCUUCAUCCUCACCCUUUGUUUCUCCACAACACACACCUUAUGCCACUGUACAUGCUGGGGACUCCAGAUUACGGCAAGCUUUUGAAGCCGUGCUAAGAAAGACAAGCCUUUUAAAGAUGGAUGACAAGAAUGCAAGCGGCAGCACCAAUGUUGCAAACUCAAAUAAUACUUCAAAGCGUGUGUCACUGCCAAUGAAUAGGAUGAUUGAGAUGACCCAGGAGGAGCAGCGGCGGUGGGAGGAGGAGGAGUUGAAUAAGGAGGUCGACUUCAGCAAGUGUCACAUCGACCCUGCGCCCUUCCAGCUGGUUGAGAGAACAUCGUUGCUGAAGGUCCACUCGCUCUUUUCUAUGUUGGGUCUCAACCAUGCGUACGUAACUGCGAUUGGGAGGCUCAUAGGUGUGGUUGCACUGAAAGAGCUGAGAGCAGCAGUCGAGUCCACCAACUCUGGCGACUUCCAGAAGCCCAGAAGAGAUAGGGGGGUCGGGGGAACAUUUAGGGAAAAGUUUUUAAGGACCACCAUAAGGAGAAAGGUUUUGCUUUUUGCAGAAUUUUGUGUUUUUGUUAUUUUGUUUUUGUGUAUUUGCAUAUUUGUUUCGUGGUGACUUUUAUGUCAUAUGAUUUCUAGAUUUUGUUGUUGUUGUUGGAUGUUGUUUGUUGUUGUUUGAGUUAUUAUUGCUGUUGUUACUGAAUGACACUGCCCCUUAGAAUAUCAUGAUUUUAGAAGUAUGAACUUGUAUAUGUUGAAUUUGAUGGAUUUUAUAUACAUGUUUAUCUCAUUUGUGACUGCAUUUCUCUUCAGAAAUAUUUAAUCUUUUAUCUUGAACAUUUUCUGUAUUAAUCACAUUAAGUUUCUUUAUUAUCUCUCUUUGUUGAUUCCAUUUCAUGAAAAUGCAUGCAUGC